AUGUUAGGAGCUAUCCUUUCCCUAUCUCGUGAAUUCAUCAAGUUGCCGGACCCUGCUACUGAACUACCCCAGGACAAUGUUUGGAAGUGGUUCCCAGAUGGGCUUGGAGCUUUAGAUGGCACACAUGUCAGGGUCCGUGUUGCAGCUCGCAAGCUAGCUAGAUAUGAAGGUUCAGCAUCAGAUUCACGAGUGUUGCGAGAUGCAAUGUUAAGGCAAGAUGCUUUUAAAGUUCCAAGUGGUAUGGAGUCUAGGAAAAAAGGAGGUACAGGCUACCUAACUUGGUCGGAUUCAAUGGACAAAGCUUUGUUGGAUGUCUUUGUUGAACGUUACAACAAGGGAGAUCGUGCUCAGAAUGGAUGGAAACCUCGUGUGUACAUAGCUGCUGUCAAGAAUGUGAGAGAGAAGUGUGAAAUGGAAAUUACGAUGGAGAAUAUUAUAUCAAGGAGCAAAACUUUUGAUAAGUACCAUGCUAUCAUAAGCAAAAUGCUCUCUCAGAGUGGUUUUGGUUGGGACUGGGAUAACAACAAGAUCUCUGUUGACAGUGAUGAUGUAUGGAAUACUUAUGUCCACGCAAACAAAGAUGCAACUUCAUAUCGACACAAGACUAUUAAGUUUUGGGACAUGAUUAGCUUAGUCUACUCGAAGGAUCGUGCUAACGGAGCUGGAGCUAGGACUGCGGCUGAAAGUGCAGCAGAAAUGGCUGCAGAGAAUGGUAACAACAGCAAGGACACUGACGCUACCUCAUCCACUCAAGUCGAUGGAGAUCGAAAGAAGAAAAGGUAUAGAUCAGAUGACUCUAUUGCUUCCAUGCUUGGUGAGAAACUGGACAACUUCACUGCUGCUUUUCAAGCUGAUGUGUGCGAGCCCCCUCCAAAACCUGCAUCCCCUGAAGAAAUCUUAGCUGCUCUUGAUGCAAUACCAGGAUUGGGUGAGGAUGAUGUGCUAGCAGCUUACGAAAUUCUUGUUUCCAAUGACCACAAGUUCAAGUCCCUUCAAGCCUUGCCUGGUGGAAUGAAAAAGAAGUGGAUCUUGAAGCAAGUCAAUCCGUAA